AUGUCGUUAAACAAGCCAGGAUUGACUCAAGAGCUUCAAAAGAGUUUCACGAGGAAGAGAAAGGAAUGCUCUAUGGACCAGGCAUCGCCGAUUGAGAAGAGCUUCGGAAGUAUUAUCGAUGGUUUUGCAAAUAAUAACAUUGCUAUAACUGAUCAGAACUUAUAUUCUAAACCAUUGAAAUCUUUUAUUGAUGGUAAAGGAUUGCUGAGAGUUGGAGGAAGACUCGAGUAUGCUAACAAAUCGUAUGAACAGAAGCAUCAUAUAAUACUUCUCAAGUCUCAUUAUGUUACAGAAUUAUUUUUACGCGGAGAACACGAAAGGCUUCUGCACGCCUGCACUCAAACCACACUUUCAGUUGUGAGAAAAAAAUAUUGGCCGAUUGAUGGGCGCAAUACAAUUAAAAAACUAACGUGCGUUAGAUUUAAGGCGGCGGCUGCAGAACAACUUAUGGGCAGUUUACCAGUCGAUCGUGUUAAUGUGAAACGUCCGUUUUUAGCUAUAGGGGUAGAUUAUGCAGGUCCAGUUAUGCUGCGAGCAAGUCGGCAACGUAAGACUCCUCAAAUUAAAGCGUACAUUGUCUUAUUUGUGUGCAUGUCCACAAAGACAGUUCGCGGUAGGUGUUCGAUCAUUCAUAGCGAUAAUAGCAAAAAUUUUGUAGGUGCUAAUAAGGAAUUAGCUGAGUUAUUUAAAUUUUUUAAAGCAGAUGAAAAUAAGCGACGUUUAAUUUCGGCCGUUACACAGUUAGGUAUUACUUGGCAGUUUACACCUAUGUAUGCUCCACACUUUGGCGGUUUAUGGGAGGGGUAG